AUGAGACGACUUGGGUAUUUCUGUUCAGGCGCUCUGUGGGCCGCGCGCAACCGAGGGGUCAUGCGCAGGGGCUUAAUACGCAGGCGCGGAGCGGCGUCACAAGCAGAGCGACAUCAUGGCGGCGUCCGUGCGAGCGCAGGUGAUCUCUCUGUACCGCGCGCUGCUGGCGGAGAGCAAGAGCUUCCCCUCCUACAACUACAGGACCUAUGCAGUGCGGCGGGUGCGAGAUGCCUUCAGGGCCAACCGUAAAGUGAAGGAUCCACAAGCUGUGGAGAGACUAAUGGUGGAGGGACAGCAGACACUGGCACUGAUACAGAGACAGGUUUCCAUCGGGAAGAUGUACGAGACCCAGAAGAACGUGGUGGAGGACUGACCCCAGCAAACAGGAAGUGACAUCAUUGCCCCCGGCAUCGACGCCUACCCGCUUACUGUUUCGGCCCCAAACGCUCCGUCUCGUACAGCUGGGGGGAGAUGAAAUGCAUUGUGGGAGUUGUAGUGCAGUGAAGCUCUUGGGGUUUAGUAGUUUUGUUUUUUUGAUGUUUAGACGCUCAGAUGCAGUACCGCCUCCGCCCACAGAGGGCGCCACAACGGAUAAACAACACGGGAAAUGAGAAUAUAUUUUUAAUAUGUUGACGUGAUUCACGUUAAACCACGAAUCCUCAAAAUAUCUAAAUAUAUAUUCAGGUUCUGUGUGAAGUUUAAAACGUAAACAAUAAUAAUAAUAUAAUAAAAACAACUCCUUUAAAGAAAUACAAGUUUGUGGUUAAUCUUUCAGUUUUAGUCUCAUGUGGAAAUAAACUUUAUUUAAAGAAGAAUAAAAGACAGACCUGAUCAGAA